UUCCUCUCUUGUCUGUUGUUGCGCUGCGUGUCGGGAAAACGGACACAAAAGCACGGAAAUGUGGAGCGGCUAGCCAAGGAACCUCAACAAAAAGCAUAUAUAAAGUAUUUCGUUUACAACCAUAAGUAACAACUAAACGUUUUGAUAUUGUUUGUUGGAUGCUAUCUCGGUAUAUUCCAGUAGAAAAAAUACGCGUUCUACUGCUGCUAACUAGCUAGCUAGAUACCUAACACCCACGGCAGGCAGACAUGGGGACUAAGGCUAGUCGUUUCCAAGAAGAAACGGUAGCCACGGCUUUUGCGAAGGAUGGCAUCAAGAGGGACUCCUGCCGAAGAAUUCGCAGCAAGAGGCCUACAAGUUUGGUGGUGGAUUUCUCGGGUAGCUUCGACCAGGACUCAGAAGUCAAUCGCAGUCGUUCGGAGGAGGGGAGCGACUCGGACCAGGGGCGGCCCACGGCGUCUGAUGGAAGCCACGGUGACAUAAAUAGCCCGAGCCAUCCCGAUCAAGCUACACCGGACGAGGCCAGCGAAACCGCUGGGCCCGCGGAUGCCGGCACCCCCGGUUCAGCGGGUGAAGCCAGCAACGACAGGCUGUCAGUGGAGGAGACGGGCCGCGUCCACCAGCGCACUUUCUCAGAACGUCUACCCUCCGGCCGACACACUUCCGGUCGUAAUGGAUCUUCUCGAACCUCCGCUCGCACACGGGGAAGCGCCCCGCGUCCGGUCUCGGAGGCAUGGAUCGGUGUGUAUAGGGUCAACAGCCGACACAGCACCGUGCGCUGUCCGUUCUGUUCCAAGCCCUUCCCUGGAGGCCGGAUUGAGGAGCAUUUGCUGAGCUGUCUCACGACCCCCCCUCUCCCCUACAACAUGGACACUCUGAGUAAGGACAGCGGGGAGUGCAGUAUUUGCCUGGAUGAUCUCCUGCAGGGGGAGACCAUAGCGCGCCUGGCCUGUCUCUGCGUCUAUCACAAGAGCUGCAUUGAUUCUUGGUGCAAAGUGAAGGCCUGUUGUCCCGAACACCCCUUCGACUGAAA